AUGGUGGCUGAGGUGGUGAAACCUGAUUUCCCUGACCUAUCAGCUCAAGAACAAGCAAGGAACAAACAGUUGGGAAAUCAAGUGAUUAAAGAUACUCUCCAAAAAGCUCAAGCAAGAAUGAAGAAUCAAGCUGACAAGCAUAUGACUGACAGAGAAUUUGCAGUUGGCGACAUGAGGAAGAGAGGGAGGCCAGCCGGUUCCCGGCACCCCAACACCCAGAUGGAGCAGAAGAUGGCAUUGGUCAAGCAGAGGAUGGCCUUGCUUGAUAGCGGCGGCGGCGAUAGUGACAAGGAUGACGAUUACCACCCAAUGGAUGAUGAGCUCUCUGUUGUUGUCGCGCACCAACCUGUAGUAAUUCCUUGUGGUGAUACAGACGAUGACGGUGUGGACGACAACUGGGAAUCUGCUAUGUCUAGAGGUCAGGAGAUACAGGCCAAUUUACCAGUAGGACAUCCUAGCUCUGUCAAGCGUAUGUUACAAUCCCACGUCGUCAGAGGUUUUUGGCUGGGUUUACCAAAAGACUUCAGUCAGAAGCAUCUUCCAAAGAAAGAAGCUGGAAUUGUGCUCGAAGAUGAGCAUGGAGAAGACCAUCACACGACAUAUUUUUAUUACAAGCAGGGGCUUAGUGCUGGCUGGAGAGGUUUCGCAAUUGAUCAUGAUAUUAAAGUUGGCGAUGUUGUGGUUUUUGAGCUCGUGAAGCCAACGAAAUUCAAGGUUUAUAUAGUCAGAGCAAAUGAAUUUACUACGACAGAUGUAGAUCUCAAUCUGCUGAAUUUGGGUGCGAGCAAGAAAGAGAAGCAAUCGAAAGAAGAAAGUUCUGAAGACGUCAUAACUGAUGAGGACGCGAAGGUUGGCACACCCUAUCGCGAAGUACCCCCUAGUGAUGGCAGCACUACAGAUGGCAUUGGUUUGGAUUCAGACAUCGAUUUUGAUGACGUGACAAGUUUCAGCAACGUCAACUUGAUCCUGGACUGCCUGGCCACCGACUGUGGAUUUCAUGAUCACCUACGCCGGAUAUACUACGAGCUCUGCUGUUCCCGGAGGUCGCUCCUCCACAAGAACCUGCUCAGACAGUUGCAUCCCACCCUCGUUGCAGGAGUGAUCGUGGAGACGGUCAGCAUCGCGGAGGGUAUCAGGGCCUGCAAGGCACAAUCAUCUUCCCGUGAGGACUUGUUGAAUCGGAAGAAGACGCUCGAGUCCUUUGAGCUGCUGGGUAUGAAUGUUGCGUUCUUGCUCAAACGUGUCAACGAGCUCCUCGCUACUCGGUCAGGAGAAUCCUCAGAGUGGCAGGAGAAGUACAAGGAACUGAAGCUGGAGCGGGCUUGUGCCGGGGAGAAAAUGAAAGUUCUUGAGCUUCAGUUGUCGAAUGUGAAGGAUGUUAUGCAAAAAGUGGACGUGGAGAUGGUGGAACUGGAGUCAAGCUUGAAGAAAAGCGAUGAAGCACUCCAGGAGCUAGCCUCUGCGCCAUGGUGAUCCUGAUCGUGAUAGUUACCACAGACAACAUUUUGGGACCAAACUUUCAGUAGUAAUGUAAAGAAUGGCCACUGCAUCAUGUCUAACGAUGGUGAAUUUGAUUGUUAGGAGUUAUCAGUGGCUGACAGACUUCUUGUCCAGCAGUGA